UAAGGGUGAAACACAAAUGUUUUUCUUUUCUUUUCUUUUCUUUUUUUAAGAUCAAUUUAAAUGCACACCGCACCCAAUCAAUAUUUUCCAUUUUUGUGUGUUUUGAGAGAGGGAGAGAGAGAGAGAGCGGCAAUGGCGUCGCAAUCGUCGGAGCCGACGAAGAUCAUGAUGGCGGUGAAUGAGUCGUCGAUAAAGGGGUACCCUCACGCAUCCAUCAGCAGCAGGACGGCUUUCGAGUGGACCGUAGCGAAGCUCGUCCGAUCCAAUGCCGCCGGCUUUCGCCUUCUCUUCCUCCACGUUCAGGUCCCUGACGAAGACGCAUUUGAAGACAUGGAUAGCAUCUAUGCAUCACCUGAAGAUUUUCACAAUAUGAACGAGAAGGACCGGAUUAGAGGGCUUCACUUACUUGAAUACUUUGUCAAUCGUUGUCAUCAGUAUGAGAUUCCUUGUGAAGCAUGGAUCAAGAAAGGUGAUCCAAAGGAGCUAAUUUGCAGCGAGGUGAAAAGAGUUAAACCUGACCUUCUGGUUGUUGGAAGCCGUGGCCUUGGACCCUUUCAGAGGGUAUUUGUUGGAACUGUGAGCGAAUUCUGUGCAAAACAUGCUGAAUGCCCUGUGAUCACCAUCAAAAGGAAGCCUGCUGAUGCUCCACCUGAUCCCAUAGAUGAUUGAUUGUUUAUUCGCCAACAAUCAACAUCACAGAUUGUGCAACAAAGAGCAAUAUACUUAAGAGACUGAAUGUGUUUCAUUGCUGGUGUUAUCAUAUAUUAUGACAGCUUGUGCUUGUACAUAUACAUAUAUAUAUAUAUAUAAAUU